GAAGCCAGCAAGAAGCUUCGUCGACCCUACUCCUGCACCGCGAUGCCUGCGCGACGUCAUCCUGCCCUACCACCGCGUGGUGACGGCAUCUCUCGCGUCACCCCGCGACUUCAGCAUCCAACCGCAACCAAGAAAGUCCGGUCACCGCGCCCCGCUCUCCUCAUCCGAAGACGAGAGAGAGAGCGAGUAAGAGACGAAGGAAGGGUGCAGUAGAAGAAAAGAAAACAAAACCCCCUGAAAUCUAGUGAAAGAUUUUUUCCCAGACAUUACAGCGUAGGGAUCGCGUUCUUGUCGUUACGGGAGCACGAAUUCGUUUCGGUGUGCAUUUCUUGGUUUCCGCUAGCUUUUUUUGGUGGGGUUUUCGAUGGGGUUCUCGUAUCUUUCCGCUUUGGCUCUCUAGGAAUCGAGGGCUUGAUCGAGGUGUUAACGUGAGUUCUUGGGAUUCUGGUGGGAAAGAUGGGUUUUUGAUUGGAAUUUCGAGCUUCUUGAAUCGUUUGUUCCCGAAUCCCCUUUCUGCGGUCUGAGCGGCAGCUGAUCUGCUGUAUCUGAGACGGGAGGAAGAAAGUUUGGAUUUUGGAUUGGAGUAGAUGAUAUAUGUUGAAAAUUAUCGGAAAAAGAUCCAUCUUUGGAAGCAUAGGAUGCUAGAUAGUUCGGAUCUCAUGUCCUCAGAAGCAAGGUGAUAGGAAUCUGGGCUUCCACGCCAUGCCUAAUCUCACGGAGCCUUCGUCUUCCAUAAGCUUUGCCUCUUCCUCCUACCUCUCCAAUGGCUCGAGUGCCUACCAUGUUCCGGGUGGCACCGCGCCUAGCCCCUCGCCUCCUCCCGCGGCGCCGGAGGGUGGGACCAACCUCGAGGUCCUGAGCCUCAGCAAGCUGAGCACUAAUCUCGAGCGCCUCCUCCUCGACACCGAGUUUGACUGCACUGACGCCGAGAUCGCAGUGGAAGGGGAUCCUGUCGGCAUCCACCGCUGCAUCCUGGCCGCAAGGAGCCGGUUCUUCCGUGACCUCUUCUCCCGGGAAGGAAGCGGAGGGAAUCGACAGGAGGGGAAGCCCAGGUACGUCAUGAACGAGCUGGUCCCCGGUGGUCGGAUCGGCCGGGAGGCCUUCAUGGUCUUCUUGAGCUAUCUCUACACGGGCAAGCUCCGAGCAGCCCCGCAGGAUGUGUCGAUAUGCGUUGACAGGUUCUGCGCGCAUGACGCUUGCCGGCCAGCCAUUGGCUUCGCCGUCGAGCUCUUGUACGCAUCUUCUGUCUUUCAGAUCGCGGAGCUCGUCUCACUUUUACAGCGUCGACUUCUGAAUUUUGUUGAUAAAGCUAUGGUGGAAGAUGUCAUUCCUAUCCUUCAGGUUGCCUCCCACUCGAAGCUUAACCAGUUGCUCUCUCACUGUGUCCAAAGAGUAGCUAGGUCGGAUCUUGAUGAUAUUGCUCUCGAGAAGGAGCUCCCGCAAGAAGUAGCUGAAGAAAUUAGAUUAUUGCGUCGCGAAUCUCAGCCUAAGGAAUCUACUGCCACCGUGGACCCCAUGCUUGAGAAGAGAAUUAAAAGAAUCCACAGAGCCCUGGACUCUGAUGAUGUUGAACUGGUAAAGUUGCUUUUGAGUGAGUCUGGGGUUACUCUAGAUGAUGCCUAUGCUCUACAUUAUGCGGCUGCUUACUCUGAUUCUAAAGUUGUCGCUGAGUUGUUAGACCUUGGGUCAGCCAAUGUGAAUUUAAAGAAUGAUAGAGAAUACACACCACUUCAUUUGGCUGCCAUGAGAAGAGAGCCAGCAGUGAUUGUGUCACUUCUCACAAAAGGUGCCUCAGCAUUAGAAACAACAGCUGAUGGCCAAAAUGCUGUUAGAAUAUGUAGGAGACUAACUAGGGCGAAAGAUUAUUUUACAAGAACAGAGCAGGGUCAAGAAUCAAAUAAAAACAAGAUUUGCAUUGAUAUUCUAGAGAGAGAGAUUAUGAGGAAUCCCUUGGCUGCAGAAGACUCUGCUACAUCACCAUUGUUGGCUGAUGAUCUACACAUGAAGCUUCUUUACCUGGAAAAUAGAGUUGCAUUUGCAAGAUUAUUCUUCCCUGCUGAAGCUAAGUUAGCCAUGGAAAUAGCACACGCCAACACAACUUCUGAAUUUACUGGUAUUGCUAAAUCUAGAAGCUCCAGUAACCUGAGGGAUGUUGACCUGAAUGAGACACCCGUAGUGCAAAAUAAGAGGCUUCGAUCAAGGGUAGAUGCCUUGUCGAAAACAGUGGAAUUGGGCCGGCGAUAUUUUCCUCACUGUUCACAAGUGUUGGAUAAGUUCCUGGAGGAUGACUUGCCCGAUGUGUUCUACCUCCAGAAGGGCACCCCCGAUGAGCAGAAGGUCAAAAAGUUGCGUUUCUGUGAGCUCAAAGAGGAUGUUAGGAAGGCAUUCAGCAAGGACAAGGCCGGAAGCUUGCUCUUGGGGCUGUCAUCAUCCUCAUCCUCGUCAUCGCCUAAAAGUGAAGAAAAGCAUCACACGUUUGCAAGAAAUUGAGAACCGAUUUUGCGAUGUACAUAUACGAUAGCUGUCCAGAAUUAUUAGUUUAUAUUAUAUGUAUGGACCAAAAUCGAUGCAGCAAGAUCAACAAUUAUCGGAAAGAAUGCUGUUUCCUGCCGCUACCGAGUGCCUGUAAAACACUUUGAAACAUUACUGAAAGGAUGUUACCAGAUAAGGUUUAUUGACUUUA